CUCAUCACACGACAGCCUGACAAGAAGCAGUCAAAAUGACUCGUCUACAACGCUUCGCUGUAUCUUCAGCACUUCUUCUGCAAUCCCUCGCUUUUGCUUCCCCGGAGCCAUGCCUCAAUGGACUCUGUCACUUCACCCGCAACAAGCUGGCAAGUAGGACAGUUGCCAGUGAGCUGGGUCCCCAGCUCUCGGCAAAUUGCAAUGUUUACGGCCCCGAUGAUACGCAGUUCGGGAAUUGCACGGCUCGAUAUGACCCCUUCUUCACUCCAAAGAUUCAGAUGGUGGUCCAGCCCGCCACGGAGGACGACGUCCCCAAGAUUGUUCAAUAUGCUAGCGCCAAUGGUAUCCCUUUCCUUGCCAUGGCUCGGAGACACGGCAUGACAAGUACCUUGUCAGAGUUUGACGGUAUGCAGAUUGACAUGUCCCUCCUUGACAAGAUUGAGAUUCAGCCGGACGGAAAGAGCGCUAUCCUCGGCGGCGGCGUGUUUGCCAAGAACAUUAUGGAAAAGCUGUGGGAUGCUGGUUAUGUUACCUCAUCCGGCAGCACGUCCUGUGUUGGCCUCCUCGGUCCAGCUCUGGGCGGAGGCCGCGGCCGUCUCGAAGGCUACUACGGCGUCGUCAGUGACAGUUUCCUCAAGCUCAACGUCGUUCUCGCCAAUGGCACCGCCAUCACCGUCUCCGAGACCGAGCACCCUGAUCUCUUUUGGGCCAUGAAAGGCGCCGGACACAACUUUGGCGUCGUCACCAGCCUGGAGAUGAAGAUUUACCCCCGCGGCGUCGACACCUGGUACUACAAGACUUAUAUCUGGACCCAAGAUAAACUGGAAGCCGUAUUCGAAGCAUCCAACGCUUUCCACAACGACGGCAACCACGCCGGCCAUCACCUCAAAGAAAUGGCCUUCAACAUGGGCAGCUACACCAUGAUCCCCAGCAUCAGCGAGACCGAAGGCGUCAUCUUUUGGUCCUUUGUCUACCGCGGCUCCAAGGAAGAAGCGCAGCCGUACCUGGAUGCUUUUGACGCCAUCAAGGCGGUCUCCACCGAAGACGGUAACGUCCCUUACCCCGAGAUCCCUGGCGUGUCUGGCACCGGCAUGAACAGCACGCUGUGUGACUACGGCUUGAACCACGUCCACUACCCUGCAGGCUUGAAGGUCUGGAACGUCACUACCCAGCGCCAGAUCUACGACCUGUACAACGAGAAGAUCCGGGAGUACCCCGAAUUCCAGCGUACGACCGUCAACAUGGAGGACUACUCGCACGAGGGUGUCGACGCUAUUGACCCUGACACUUCAGCUUAUCCAUGGCGCGAUAGGGGUCUUCUCAGCUUCAUCGCCGUAACCUACGACCCCAACCCCGCUCUUGACGAAGCCGCCAUCGCAUGGGCACAAGAAACCCGCGAUCUCUGGAACGCCGGUGCGCCCGAUCUUCUUCCUAGCACCUACGUCAACUACGCCCAUGGCGAUGAGUCGGCCGAGUCCAUGUACGGUUACGAGCCCUGGAGGCUGGAGAAGCUCCGCGGAUUGAAGGCGCAGUAUGAUCCGGAUAACCUGUUCAGCUACUACAACCCUAUCAUCCCAAACAUGAACCCUAGGUCUACGCAUGAGUCGAACUUUCAGGGUCGUCAGAUUGGCGCCAAGUCGAGGAGCCGUGGGCAGUAG